GACGUCGAUCAUGCAUUGCUAGCUUGCUGAGACUCUAACCUAGCUACAAGUUAUUACCUCCAUGACCCGUCUCAUCCCUUUUUGAAUCUCUACACUACUUUCUGCAACCUUGCCUGCCCCAAAUACAUAGUUUACUGCACUCUAAGCCAUAUAUCUUGGCUUGAUGCACUUUCCAUUCACUCCGAACCAUGUCCAACUCAUUGCGGCCUGUUACCCUCCAAAUGCUGCCUUGUUAAUUUCCGGUUCAGAAUACCGUCCUAACUCUCAGGAACUAUCUCGCUUGACUUAUUAUGCCUCCAACCGUCCGGGGAAGAUCAACAAGCUGAGCGGAGAACUAGAGCGGAGGGUUCGAACGGAUUGCAGGAAGGCACAAGCAGGAAAUCUGCGUGCCCGCGCGUCACUCCUUAUCUCUCUUGCAAUAUUCAAGGCCUUGGCUAUGGAAUGCCGACGAGACAUAUCCCUCCUAUCAUCGUCUCUUUUAGCUUCAGUAAACGCAACUCUUUCGGCUCUUCGCUCGGACUUGGAGGUUGCUGCUAGGGCAGCCAGUGUGUUCACUGCUUGGACAACAUAUACAGAUGGUCGCCUCAUUGGUGUGGACAGAUAUGUGACUGAGGAAUAUAUGUCCUGUUUACAAAUAUUCACCCAUAUGGGUAAGAUCGACUCUGAAACUACAGACCAUGAGGUAAAACACCGUACACGCUUACUAGGCUUGACUGUGGUUCUUGGCGUUGUUACGUCGGAAGCUCUCUAUCACUCUGCGAGCCAAUUCGGCCCUCAGAUAUCCACAAUUGUUCCUGCACUUAUUAUACCCAUGUUGGACGUUGAGGUCUCCAUCUUGGAACAUGAAGCUGCUGCGAUUAAAGGCCAACCACUCUCACCGUAUCUCGAUGGUUUCCGGGAUAAACCAGCCUUAGAACGACGUGCUAGGUCCAUUCAUCUGCACGUAGAUGGAGACAAGGGACCAUCUUCGAGCGAAGUGGCAAAUACUGCAAUACAUGCGCUGUCUAUCUUACUAGGCCACUCGGUCGCUAUGCAGGCAAGCGUUAUUAUGCGGGCAAUUUUCGACUGUUUGGACGACAUUGGAGGAUGGGAGAAAGUUGAGCGUUGUGAAUGGAUUGCCACCAAAGCCGCUGAAUGGACCCAGUACCAAUAUCGUUACACGAUUCCCUCUCGCUUGGCUGAAUACCUCGUCGAGGGGCAGGAUGCGCCACAUUCAAUCCCUCGGCACAGGACAUUGGCAGCCAUGCUCACGACAGUCUUCACUUCUCCGACACAUCUGAUCAACCUGACAAUGUCUGACAUCAUGUCCAGUUUGAUAGGAGUCAUUCUGCGAAGGAUCGCAAUACAAGCAGACGACCCCCUCAUCCCACUACUGGUUGAAUGCAUAGGUUCAUUAGGAACGCACAUUUACUAUACGGAUCAAAUUCAGGACCUUGCGAGUGAGCUGAUCACCCGUCUGGUUUUGGUGGAAGCGAACGGAUUAGGCACUGACAAGGCAACGAACGACCGAUGCCGUGCUCGAGCCUUGCGCUGUCUUCUGGCAAGUUUGCUUGGUCUUAUUCAUGCAGCAGAUAAACACGACAGUGGAAGAGAGGAUACAACUGAUGACACUAGAUCAAGAAAAGCUGGCACAGGAUCAAUACUCUCGACACCUUCCACUGACAUACACAUCAAGCCUUCUCGAAGAACAAAGGUGGCUCCUGAAAUCUGGCAAGAAACUCUCACAUUGUUAUGCGAUGCCGAUUACUCCAUAAGGGCAGACUAUGCAGAGGCUGUGGUAUCAUACCUCAAGUAUGAGGUUCCCAAGCAUGGAGACCAUGUCGACAGCGAUGGUGUCAAACGAGCAAGACCACUUGCAGAAGGUCCGGCCCGUCAAGCCAAUACUCUAUCCUCAGUUCUGUACGGUGAUUCCACAACGAGCUUCUUACAUGCUCUGCAUGCGCAUCUUUAUGUCUUGGCCACUUCGUCGGUUCUGGGUAUAAGUGAAGAGUCACCUUCUUCAACACCACAACGCUCUGAGAAUGGAGACGGCGCGAAUGGCGGCAAUCGUGAAGCACCCCCAGAGUCUCAGGAUAACAGCCGACGAAGCACAACCGUUCCUCCGCGUUCCAGAAAAACUUCGGUAAUGCUUCAAGCCAUUCAAAGCACUUCGCGUAGCUUGUCCCCGUCGACGUCUUCGGAGAAGUCGGCAUCGUUGUCGGAUUAUGCGAACAUCCUAGCCGUGCUCACGGCCGUCCAAGAAUGCACACCCGUUCGCGGUUUGUUAACAGGAGUACCCAUGUUAGUAGCUCUGGACAAGGCAUGCUCAGCAGAAACCAACACAGAUUCGACAUAUUCUCAGCGGGUGCGGGUGAUCAAAGAGUUGUUAAUCAGGGUAUGGUUGUCUAUAGGGAGUAUCUGGAGGUGUACCGAACUUAUUGAAAAUGCACAAAAGGCCUUGGAAUCAACAAAUGCUGUUCUUCGUCCUCCUGAUUUUGAGGAGUGUCGACCCGGAGCUAUCCGUCCGCCCCAGCAGCCUAUUUCUCUUAGUAUCCUCGACGAAAAGGACACGCCAGAUAUCCACCUAAACUCCGAGGCGAUGCUGAACGCUUUGGCCUCGAGUGUCAAUAUCCAGGAAGCGACGGGUUUGGAUGAGCAAGAGUUGCUGAAACGUUUCAAGGCCCUAUGGACGCCAGAACUGAUAUUGAAAGACUCAAUGGAAAUGCAGACCAGCUACGAUUCUCUCCGCCAUGACACUAUCUCAUCCCUAGUCAAGAAGGCACCAACGUUGAUGCAGAUCGAGAAUAUGUCCCUACAAAGUCUGACACGCUCCACAAGAGGAGGCGUCGGGGUCACCGAUUUGCGAGAAGCUCUAGAGGGCCGAAGCAGCUUGUCGAACCCAAACCUCUCCAACAGAGCACCGUCCUUAUCUACCCUCGAACAUACAUCAACCUUCGCUCAAGGAGAGCCGCCCCUAGUGAGGUUGACUCCUGUACGCUCGAGGCCGCAACAGCGAAGUAAACUAAACAGCCCAAGCGACGUACGGGACGUCCUAAACAAACUAGGCAUCGGGAAACAAAGUGGAGGCAACAAUCUCAAGCCGUCGUUCCCGUUUCAGAAGAACGAAUCCAGACCUAAGCACAUGCUAUGUAACUCCACGCUCCUUAUUGGCUUUUUGCUAUCCGCAGUUUCUUUGGAUUUCGGUCGUCGAGGACACUUAUUUCACACUGUAUUCCUUCGAUAUUAAUUUGCCCACUCUACCCACACUCGGAAUACAUUAUCUCUGUCUACUCGCGAUUGCAAUCCGUCUGCGGGCUUCUUCCUCCCGUUCUCUCCAAUAUGCAAUCUCGCUUUGGGCUUUGGGAUGACUGGCAGGACUUGGUCCUCUCUAGAAUAGGAUUGAGCUCAGAAAUGGGUCGAAAAAGGAGAACCUAUCUACUCACGCUCAACCCCUGAAGCAACCUAUCAUAUAAUGUCGCUUGAGCAGUGGCCUUUGCAACGACAUCUCCUAUUUUGUCUGUGUGAGAAGUUAUCAAUUUGGACAACUCUUGCCGAAGACGUAGUAGACUGUUAUAAGAUUAUGAGCAAUAUGGAC